ACACACCUUUCUGGCCCCCCCUUCUGUACGAAACACCUAUCAGACUUGCUAUUUUAGCUCAUACUUGCACCAAAUCAUCUCCACUUACUAGACUUCACAUAGGAGGAAAAUUAUGGAGCUGGUGGUCCUCACACAUACUUUCCUUUCUUUUUUUACCUUGGUUUCAAUUUCACACUCUUUCAUCUGGCUUCCUCAUUCUACUUUGGUCCAACUAGUUUCUCCUUAGAGAGAUGGAAGAUAACAAAUGGGAAGGGAAGAGAAGCAUGAAUGAAGCAGAAGAGGAACAUGAAAAUGCUGAAGAGGAUAACAAAAGGAAGAGGGUAUUGACUCUCUCUGGAAGGAAUCUAUCUGGUGGUGGGCCAGCACUGCCUUCUUGCCAGGUUGAGCAGUGCACUGCAGAUAUGGCAGGUGCCAAGCCAUAUCAUCGCCGCCACAAGGUGUGCGAGUUUCAUUCAAAGGCUCCGGUAGUACUUAUUAGUGGAAUCCAGCAGCGCUUCUGUCAGCAAUGUAGCAGAUUUCAUCAGUUGCCAGAGUUUGAUGAAGCAAAAAGGAGUUGCCGGAGGCGUUUGGCAGGUCAUAAUGAGCGCCGCCGUAAAACUUCAUAUGAUUCUCAUGGAGAAAGUUCAAGCUGAAGCAGCAUCAGCAAAUGGGAGGGAAUCGCCUACUUGUGGACUGAUGCACAGCGAAUCCUUCUAAAGUUCAAGCUGUCACAUGCUCUCUAUCUUCUGUCAAUUUCUGGUUUCUAAACAAAUUGUUACUUGUCACCUUCAACUAUCUAGCUAGUAAUUCUUCCUUUUCCUUAUGAAUAGGGAAGGAGGAAAAGAAUAAGUCGCUGAAUUGUCUGCCAGUAUUCUCGAAAUGAAAUAUUUAUAGCCUAUAUAACAUGGUGCAUCAAAGUCUUCCAUGUUGA